AUGACAGAAAAGAUAGUAAUAUUUGAUAUUGGAGGAGUAUUGGGGAGUGAUAUGCAAUAUACAUUUGCAAGAGACUAUGUAACAAAGCAUGAUGUUUCAAAAUUGGCAGCGUUCGAAAAGAGUCUUGUAGAGAGAUGGAAGAGAAUUAGAGUAGAUGAAACCUACUCUGACAGAGACUAUUGGAUAGAUGUAUUAAAUGAUAUAAAUGUACCUGUUGAACCAUCACUUGUAGAUAAUCUAGUCAUAGAAACUAAAAAGGAACUCUAUUCCUAUGAAUCUGCAUUAAAAGUUGCAAAACAACUUUAUGAUCAAGGUUUUAUUAAUUGUAUAUUAUCAAAUCAUGGAAAAGAUUGGUUUCAAACUAUUUUUAAUAGUAAUCCAAUAUUUAAAGAAGCAUUCCCAUUUGAUGAUCUAGUGGUAGUAUCAUGCUUUUAUCAUUGCCACAAGCCAGAGCAACAGUUUUACGAGUGUAUGUGGUCACAGAUUACCAAGCGAUUCAAAGGUGUCUCUAAAAGCCGGGUACUCUUUUUCGAUGACAAGUUGGCCAAUGUCGAGGCAAUGAAGCAAUUUGGUAUCGAGAGUGUACAGUAUACUAGUAGGACAGACAAUGCCGAUAAGAUCCUUGAUAGUAUUGAUUCGAUGGCAAGUUCAAAUAAUAGUAGUAGUACACCAACUACAGGAGCAGGAGGAGGAGCAGGAGGGAAUAAUGCAUCAACAUACUUGAAUUUUGGAUUAAAGAUUGGAUUUCCUCCGGGCUUCACUAUGAAGUACAAGAGUAUGAGAUUCCCCGAUUACAACAUUACAGUACGCGAAGCAAUCACCUUUAUCACACAAAAGCAGACGAUAAGUAAACCUGAGUUGUAUGUCUUGCAAAUCAGUUACUUGGCAUCGACAGAGACCGUUGCACCAAUUGUCUCAUUGACUCCGCAGUCGUCGACACCUCUUGGUACAAGCUUAUCAUCGAGUUCUGGUCCUGGUAGUUUGAGCAACAGUCUUGGAUCAAACCCUACCACUCCACAGGCAUCACCCAUGGUGUCUCGUAACAGUGCUGCCAAUACACCGGGUGCCGGUGCUAGUGUCGGUGGCGGCGGCGGCAAAUUUGAACGUCGUACAAAGUGGAUGGAUGAUAAUGUCAAACUCUCUGCCUAUCCCCUCUCUGCACCAGAGAUUAUUUUAGAGUUAAAGAAAAAGUAUCAAUUGAUUAAAGUGGUCGAACGAGGUGUUGUCCAAACACUAGUAGUCGAUGUUACACGUCCCCUUUCUGAUUUUAUGGAAUUUAUUACUUGUAAAUUUAAAUUGGAUCAAUCUGGUCAUGAUUAUAGAUUAUUUCAUAAUAAUAUUGAAUUAUCAUUUUCAAAAGAUAUUAGAUCAUUAAAUGUUGAUACUACAUAUCCAAUAUUUGUGCGAGACAAGAAUGACCCGAGUUUAUUCAAUGUUGUGGAUGAUCCAAGUUUGUAUAUUGGUGAUCGAGACUAUGACGAUGGAUCCAAUUUGAGUUUGGAGGUACCGGCUAGUUCGUUGACCAAUAUUCUCAAAGAGGGAUACCUAAAGAAACAAAAUAGAAAAAAGUCAUGGAACUCUAGAUACUUUAUGCUUACCGACAAGUUCCUCUUUUACUACAAAACACCAAAUGAUACAAAGGCAUCGGGUAUCAUCAAUUACAAGGAACAUAUCAUCAGAGUGUCAGGUCCAGUCAAAAAUGGUAUAUUGGAAUUGAUCCCCAAGGAAACUUGGGCAAUUGCUUCUGCAUCGGUUCAUACUCAUCCAGGUAGUUUCCUCAUUCGUUUUGAAAAUGAAAAUGAAAUGGCUUCUUGGAAUAUUACACCAUUUAAUUUUGAAAUUUCAAUUCCUCCAUCUUCAACUGGUAUUUCUAAAUCAAAAUCAGCAACAAGUUCAGUUGGUAAAAUGGUAUUUGGAGCACCAGUUGAAAAAUCAAUAGCACCAGGAUCAGAUGUACCAUUGAUUAUUACACAAACAAUAGAUUAUAUUGAAAAAAAGGCAAUGGAUGUUGUUGGUAUUUUCAGAUUGUCAGGUUCAGUACUCACCAUUGAACAAUGGAAAAAGCAAUACGAUAGAGGUGAAAGACCAAAUCUUUUUGAAGAAACUGAUCCACAUGCCAUUUCUGGUUUAUUAAAACUUUAUCUUCGUGAAUUACCAGAACCUCUCCUAACUUUUGAUCGUUAUGAUAAAUUUAUUGCUGCUCAAUCAAUGGAUGAUUUACCAUCAAGAUUAAAAUUAAUUAAACAUUUGGUAAAAUCAUUACCACCAGUAAAUUAUGCAGUAUUAAACAAAUUGAUGGCAUUUGUAGGAAGAGUUGCAACACAUUCAGCCAACAAUAAGAUGCAAAUUCACAACCUUUCAACUGUAUUUGGACCAAAUUUAAUUCGUGAGAAAAAUAGUACUGCCACUACCAAUGUUCAAAACCUUGUAGAGGAUACUCCAAUCAUCAACGCUUUGGCACUGUCACUUAUUAGAGAUUACCCUUAUAUUUUUGGUGACAAGGAAAUUCCAGAACAAAAAAUAUUUGCAAAGACACUCUACGAUUACGCUGGUUCGGACGAUUCAAACCCUGGUGAAGACUUGCUCUUUGCCCAGGGAGUGACCAUUCGAGUGACACAACGUGGGUCUGAUGGAUGGUGGAUGGGCGAAUACCAAGGCAAAAUUGGCCGAUUCCCAGCAACAUACGUGGAUCUCUUGCCGAUAUCGCCGUCAUCGUCCAUGUUGCUUCGCACCAAAUCCAACAGCAAUCUUUCGAAAAAGAAAAAAUUCAUGCUCGAGAUGGAGAAUGCCAAGACCAAAGUACAGGAAAACGACAAGCUGCUCGCACAACUUGCCGAACGAAAAGAAAAGUUAAAGUUGAAUGUUGCCACUCUUUUGCACGAGCAGUCGGCCAUAUCACAAGAUCGAGAGGCACAACGCGUUCUCCAAGUCAUUAAAAUCGUCAAGACCAACAACCCAUCGAUCAGCACCAUCCCACAGUCGGUAGACACGUUGGCCAGUCGUCAAGAAGACUACCGAAAGAGUCACGAGGCAUUGGCCGACGUCAAAAAGACUCUUCAAACAGAGUUUGAUGCCUUUGUAAACAAUCCAAAAGUAAAAUUAGAAAAAAAGGAAAGAGAAAACUUGCAACAAAAAGUUGAUGUUUUGGCUGCCAAAUUGGAUGAUUCUAAAAAGACUAGAAAUCAAUCAAUUACAUCAAAUAGAACUAUAAGUGAAGGUUUAAAUGAUAUUAAAUUCACUCUUGUACUUUAA